AUGACUGCACCUCCACCACCACCUCCUGAGUUUAUUGGCCCAUAUAGACUUUAUACCAAGAUCUUCGAGACAGAGCAUGCUAUUGUCUACGAGUCUUAUCACGAGCAGAAAUGCUGCAAACUCGCUAUUAAAUGCAUCAAAAAAGCAAAAGCCAAUCCACAAGCAAUUGAAGACGAAGUUAACAUCAUGCGUUCACUUCAGCAUCAAAAUAUCAUCCAAGCGAUGGAUGUAUUUGAUAUCGAAUUUUACUAUUGCGUUGUCAUGCCUUUAGCUACUGGCGGUGACCUCUUUGAGAUUGUCUACCAGAACGGCAAAAUGAAGGAGCAGACUGUAUGCAAGAUUAUGUACUCAAUGCUCCAAGCAAUUGACUAUUGUCACUCAAUUGGUAUCAUGCAUCGCGAUAUCAAACCAGAAAACAUAUUCCUUCAGAACGGAGACUUAGAAAAUCCACUUGCUUUACUUGCAGACUUCGGUUUUGCUAAAAGAUUUAAUCCUGGCCAGUUAUUAAAUGAUUCUGUCGGAACUCCUAUUUAUGCAGCUCCAGAAAUUUAUUUACACAAACCAUAUGGUGAAAAGAUUGAUUUAUGGUCAUUAGGUGUUACCAUGUAUGUUCUUCUUACCGCGGAGUCUCCAUUCCCAAGCGGAGAUUGCCAUAGAGAGAUAAUCGAAGCUAGAUACGACUUCAACUCAGAGGCCUUUGACGAUGUCUCUGACGAGGCCAAGGACCUCAUCCGCUGGCUCAUGGAGAAGGAUCCAGACCGCAGACUCUCUGCCCAGGAAGCUUUGAACCACAUCUGGUUCCAGAGCUACUUCCCUGACCGCAACAAGCCAAUUGUUUCAAGGCAGGUUGCAGGAGCUAUUUCUCUCGAACAGGCGUUCGACGAGGCUGAAGAUUUCGAUGGAUUCGAAGACGAAGUGUACUAA